CGAGGAUAGGUAGGUUUCGUGAACCGGAAGUGGUCUGUGUGACGAGGUCAGUGCUUAGGAACUGGACCAGAAAUUAAGAUGGCGGAGGAACAGCAGGAAACAACACAGGGGGAGAUGGAGGCAGGGGUGAACUGCCUUGCGUACGAUGAAGCCAUUAUGGCUCAACAGGACAGGAUUCAGCAAGAGAUCGCCACCAGUAACCCCUUAGUGUCAGACAGACAGGACCUGUCAGUGUUGAAGGAGGAGUAUGCACAGGAAGACACUGUAUAUCAGCUAAAGAUAAAGGAUUUGCACAAGAAAUACUCCUACAUCAGGAAGACACGGCCGGACGGUAACUGCUUCUACAGAGCCUUCGGAUUCUCCCAUUUGGAGUCGCUUCUAGACGACAGCAAGGAGCUUCAGAGGUUCAAAGCGGUUGCGGCCAAAAGCAAACUCGAUCUGGUGAAUCAGGGGUUCACCGAGUUCACCAUCGAAGACUUCCACAACACGUUCAUGGACCUGAUCGAGCUGUGCGAGAAGCAGCCGUCCCUGGGCGAGCUCCUGGGCUCCUUCAACGACCAGAGCGUGUCGGACUACGUGGUGGUGUACCUGCGGCUGCUGACGUCCGGCUACCUGCAGCGCGAGCACGGCUUCUUCCAGCACUUCAUCGAGGGCGGCCGCUCCGUCAAGGAGUUCUGCCAGCAGGAGGUGGAGCCCAUGUCAAAAGAGAGCGACCACAUCCACAUCAUCGCCUUGGCGCAGGCCCUGAACGUCUCCAUUCUGGUGGAGUACAUGGACAGGGGCGAGGGCGGCACGGUUAACCACCACGUCUUCCCAGAAGGCAGCGAGCCGCGCAUAUUCCUCCUGUAUAGGCCGGGCCAUUACGACAUCCUGUACAAAUAGCCGCUGCUCGGCCGGUCGCCUACUACUGCUCCUCUCCUGUUUUUCAAUACGCAAAGCGUUUAUGAGGAUACAUACAUCUGUGUACAAAUAAAAAAAGACAGUAUGGUAUUUAAAAAAAGAAACGCACCGCAUACAUUUCCCUGGAACCCCAUAUUGCCCCCUGCCCCCUCCCCAAAAGAAAAAAAAAAUUUAAACAAUAAAAAUGUUUAAAAAAAAGAA